AUGUCCGAGAACCUUGCAAUCGUUCGAAGCCGACUUAACCGUCCCCUCACAUACGGCGAAAAGGUCCUGUAUUCGCACUUGGAUGACCCGCACAACCAAGAUAUCGAGCGAGGAGUCUCCUAUCUCAAGCUUCGACCUGAUAGAGUGGCGUGUCAAGAUGCUACUGCCCAGAUGGCAAUUCUGCAAUUCAUGUCGGCUGGCAUGCCUUCAGUGGCUACACCCACCACCGUUCACUGCGAUCAUUUGAUUGAGGCGCAGAUUGGUGGAGACAAGGAUUUGGAAAGAGCAAAGGACAUUAACAAGGAGGUGUACGACUUCUUGUCCUCCGCCUGUGCCAAGUACAACAUUGGCUUCUGGAGACCAGGCUCCGGUAUUAUCCAUCAAAUUAUCCUCGAGAACUAUGCCUUCCCAGGUGCCCUGAUGAUCGGGACUGAUUCUCACACUCCCAAUGCCGGUGGUCUCGGUAUGGCUGCUAUUGGUGUCGGUGGCGCUGAUGCUGUCGAUGUCAUGGCAAAUCUCCCCUGGGAAUUGAAAGCCCCCAAGUACAUUGGUGUCAAAUUGACCGGCGAAAUGUCCGGCUGGACUGCCCCCAAAGACAUCAUUCUCAAGGUCGCUGGGAUCUUGACAGUUAAGGGCGGCACGGGAUCGAUCGUCGAAUAUCAUGGACCUGGUGUCAACUCGAUUUCUUGCACUGGCAUGGCGACCAUUGCCAACAUGGGGGCUGAGAUUGGCGCCACCACUACGAUCUUCCCCUUCAACGACCGGAUGUACGAUUACUUGAAGGCCACCAAGCGCCAGCGAAUUGGCGACUUCGCCCGCUCCUAUGCCCAUGAACUCCAUGAGGAUGAGGGCGCCGAGUACGAUCAGUUCAUCGAGAUCAACCUGAGUGAGCUGGAGCCUCACAUCAACGGGCCAUUCACGCCGGAUUUGGCGACUCCAAUCUCCAAAUUCAAGGAUGCAGUUAUCGAGAACAAGUGGCCCGAAGAGUUGAAGGUCGGUCUCAUCGGUUCUUGCACAAACUCCUCUUAUGAGGACAUGUCUCGUGCUGCCUCGAUUGCUCAAGAUGCCAUGGACCAUGGUGUCAAGGCCAAGGCCCUCUUCACAGUCACUCCUGGCUCGGAGCAAAUCCGCGCCACAAUUGAACGGGAUGGUCAGCUUAAGACCCUCGAGGAAUUUGGAGGUGUUAUCCUUGCAAAUGCAUGCGGUCCUUGCAUCGGUCAGUGGGAUCGACAAGACGUCAAGAAGGGCGAACCCAACUCCAUCCUUUCUUCCUACAACCGAAACUUCACCGGCCGUAACGACGCGAACCCUGCGACGCACUCUUUCGUCACCUCCCCAGAUUUGGUGGUGGCCUUGACCAUUGCCGGAGAUCUGAAAUUCAACCCUCUUACCGAUACUUUGAAGGACAAGGAUGGCAAAGAGUUCAAGCUGAAGCCACCCAGUGGCGAUGGUCUGCCCAAGAACGGAUAUGACGCAGGACGGGACACCUACCAGGCACCGCCUGAAGUACGUUCGGAGGUCGAGGUCAAGGUGUCUCCCACAUCCGACCGUCUGCAAGUGCUGCAGCCCUUUGAAGCUUGGGAUGGCAAGGAUCAGAAGGAUCUCCCCAUUCUGAUCAAGGCCAAGGGCAAGACGACAACUGAUCACAUCUCGAUGGCUGGUCCCUGGCUCAAGUACCGUGGUCAUCUUGACAACAUCUCCAACAAUAUGUUGAUUGGUGCUACCAAUGCUGCGAACGGCGAGGCAAACAAGGUGCAAAACCAAGUGACCGGCAAAUGGGACUCGGUGCCAAACACUGCUCGCGAAUACAAGAAGAACGGUAUCAAAUGGGUUGUCGUUGGUGACUGGAACUACGGCGAAGGUUCAUCUCGAGAACACGCCGCUCUCGAACCAAGGCAUCUUGGUGGUCUCGCCAUUAUCACCCGAAGCUUCGCCCGUAUCCACGAAACCAACUUGAAGAAACAAGGAAUGUUGCCGUUGACCUUUUCCAACCCUGAGGACUACGACAAGAUCAACCCGGAUGACCGGGUUGACAUCCUUGCCACUCAACUAGAGCCUGGCAAACCGGUGACCAUGGUGGUACAUCCCAAGGAUGGUAAGCCAUGGGAAUGCCAACUGUCACACACGUUCAACGAAGGACAACUCGAAUGGUUCAAGAACGGCAGUGCGUUGAACACGAUGGCCAAGAGCCACAAGAAUUAG